GGAACUGUUGGAGUGGGUUCCUCCGGAAUUAUUUUGCAGACGUACUGCAGCGAAGUCGUGUAACGUUUGUUUAUGACCGUGUUUAAAACGUUUGAAAGGACUUCUCAUGAACAAAUGGGGUCUUAAAAAAUCUAUACAUAAUGUUAUCUAGAAUUUAACAUCUGCAUGUGAUCUAAUGAGUCCCGAUGGCGAAAAGAAAGCAGAGGAGAGUCUUGCGCUACGUGGAGGAGGGGAGUCUGAUGAAGUUAAAGUCUUUCCUUCGUAAACACAAGGAUCUGGAGCUGAAUUUCACGCAGGGGAAGAAGCACAGAAGCCCCCUACACAUUGCAUGUUCACACGGGGAUGAUGCAGUUCUCAGACUGCUGCUGAAACAUGGAGCAGACCCCCUUCAACCCGACAGAAAUGGAGAGACACCGCUACACCUGGCCUCAAAGGGAGCCCUCAAACAUGGCAAAAGAGCUUAUGAUGACCUGGUGGUGCCCUUACAAAAAAACUGUCCAGAAGCCAUGGAUGUUUCUAAUAAAGCAGGAGUGACUCCUCGUGACCUGCUCCAGUGGAUGAAGCCCGAGCAGGGGAACAUCAAGACUGAAUCCUCACAUGUUGAUCCCGAGAAACAGUGGAGAGAGAAGCUGCUGGGAGAAUGUCAGGAUGAGUUCUUUGAGACAUUCGGACAGUAUGAUGAUGACUUCUUAUGGGAUGAUAAAGACGAGGUAGACUUCGGAGACUGGGCGGAUCAGAUCAGACGGGAGUAUUUUGCCAAGCAACGGGCCAAAGAACAGAGGGAAGCCGGUCAGAAGAGGUCGAAGCGGCGGAAGGAGCCGGAGGAGGAUGAGAGGAGUCGCAGGGAGCUGAGAGCCAGGCUGGAGCGGGAGCAUGAGGAGUACCUGCAGCGUGCGGCUCGUAAGGAGGAGGAGACGCGGCUGGGGAGGAAGAGGCGCUAUGAGGAGCGCUGUGCCGCCACGUUUCACAGCUCCUCCAGCAAAGCUCCUGAAGGACUGCUGGGAUACGACGACAUCCCUUGGCCCGCUCCCCGCGGCUCGCUGGAGGAAAUGGUGGGCGUUAUGUUGCAUGGUGCGGAUCGAUCUGAUUCGACUGUUUUUCGGAAGCUGCUCCGUCGCCAGCAGGCCCUCUGGCACCCAGACAAGUUUGUCCAGCGCUGUGGAGGCCGUCUGCAGGAGUCUGAUAGACAGAAGAUCCUCGACACAGUCACUGGCCUCUCACAGGAGCUCAACAGACUCGCACAAACCCUCCGAUGACCUGGACCUCACUGAUCUGAGCAUCAGAUAUCUAAGAUUUUCUGAUGAACCCUUUGGUUAACUUACCAUUAAGUGCCAAUAACGGCUGGUUCCUAUGAUAAUCAGAAGUUUACUUCUAUUAUUUAUUUAGUAUUUCAGAUACAUACCAGUUUUUUAAGGAAACUGUAAACUAUACAGGUUAUCCUCUCAUUUGGUACAUUAUUAAA